UCAAAUCUAAAAAGCUCUCUCAUUUCCUCACGCUCACCAUUUUACUUGCUCUUUCAUCUACAGUUUUUUUUUUUAAUUUCUCGCUAUUAUUUAAAGUUUUAGUUUUAAAUUUUCAGCUUCAUCUACUGCGAUAUGGCAGAAAUGAAAGAUGCGCAUGUCGUCGUGGAAAUCCCAGUCGACGAGGAGCAUCAACAGAAGAAGCAGACCGCCCUCUGUUCUGCAAUUGAGCACCAUCCAUUAAUGGAGAUCUCGCGAAGUCCAGGCCACCUCUUACUUCUCAAGCUUUGGCAACGAGAGGAGGAGCUCUUCGGCCGCAGAAUCGCGGCCAAAGAGACGAGGCUGGAUUUCAUCAGACGCGAGAUCUUCCAACUCUGCUGUUUCUUUUUCACAUUCCACGCCUUUUUCUUCACCGUACUGUUCACUUCCGAUUCGGGAGACGCGUGCCGGAAAUGGUGGAUCCCGUCCGCCGUGUCCGCGUGCACUUCACUUUUCAUUGCUUUUCUUGUGCAAUUGAAGCUUUGCAGGUUCUGGAAGAUGUCGAGGCAGUUGCAGAGGGAGAGGAACGAUGGCCGCGCGGUGACGAGGUGUAUUCAGGAGCUGAGGAUGAAGGGGGAGAGCUUUGAUCUGUCGAAAGAGCCUCUUCAGAUUGGGAAGAGGAUGAAGAGUUCCAGUGUGGAGAUCAAGUGGAGGCCUCUCACUUGGUGCUCUCAGUAUGCAGUAACUGUUGGCCUUGUUUGCUUUGCAGGUCUGCUCUUCCCAGCUUCAAGGUUCAUCGUCUGCUCUUAAAACCCUAAAUCCUAGGUCAACUUUUUGGAGCAUUGAAAUGAAAUCAUCCAUUCGUUUUUCAAGAUGGAAUAUCUAUCAACCAUGGGAAUGAAGCGUCUUGGUCCGAUUGUUCCUGUGAAUAGGACACGCAAAGAGGGCAAUGUCGCAUUACAUCUAUGCGAGAUACAAAAGCAAAACUACUUCAAUCUCGAUUCGAUGCCGAAAAACAUCAAUCUUUCAUAUCGGUGGGCUGUCAAGUUCCUCGUGGAUGAUUAUUGCAAGCUGUGUGUAUAUUUUGCCUCAAUCUUGGAAAGAAGCAUAUUGUAGCUCUGCAACUACUAAACUUUUCAAUUGGUAGGGCAUUAUCAUCAAGCAAACUACUUCAAAGAGUUAGCAAGCCCAGACAACCUGCUACAUUUUACAAGAGUUGUCUAUUUCACACAUCAAGCCAUCACCUACUUCAACCUGCUACAUUUACAACAAGUUGUCGAUUUCCAAGGAUAAAGCAUUUCAGAGCUUUGCACCCACAACACAAUUGGUGACACGGUUUUGCAUUUGUAUCACUUGAGCAACAAAUUAUGAGCACUGCUUAAUAACCCCAAAGUAACACUACUUGUGUUAAUUCAAUUGUACCUAGAGUUGAUUGCCUCAGACAUCUUUUUACAUUAAUAAUAAAGUAUUCCUUUUUGUGACA